AUGUGCUCCCCAGGAAACAACUUAAGUAGCGAUGGGCACGGCCUGAUUGGAAGACAAGAAUCGAUCAGCUCCCAAAAUAGUUUACAUACUGGCAGUAAUUCUGUCGAUGAUCCUUUUAAACCAAGUCAUUCAUCAUCUUCACGGCUAAUGGGUUCAGGAAAUCAUUCCCAGAAUAGUUUGGAAGAAUUUGCAACAUCAUCUUUGAAACCAGCAAGUUCUUAUAAAAACCUUAAGGAUGCUGCACAAGAAACAAUUGAAGAGCUUCGUGCAGAAGCUAAGAUGUGGGAGAGGAAUGCCUGCAAGCUCAUGCUCGAUUUGGAUAUUCUGAGGAAGGAAUUCUCCGAUCAUUCCAAAAACCAAGAAAAUCUAAGCAUGGAGCUUUCAACAGCAAAUGCAGGACGUGAUGGUUUGAAGAAAGAAGUACAACAAUUGAAAUUUUCACCGGAGAAGCCAGUGGGGCAACAAAUAGCAAACAAGGAUUCAUACUUUCGAGAUGAAGGUGUAUCCAAUAUUCAAAAGGAUUAUCCAACAAAUAGCAAACAAAGAAUUCCAUGGUGGGAGGCACUCCUUUUGAUCUUCUACCCCAUGAGCUUUAAGAUAAAUCUUUUACCAGCUUUGAGUCUGAAGUCAACAAACAUAUAUCCCAUACACACCUUCUGGUUCAGGGAGACUGUAGAUAAUGAUGAUCUUUCAAUUCAAGAACUUGAACGUCUGAAUAUGGAAAUGGAAGUUAAAGUCACAGAACUGGGUAAGGAAUUGACUCAAAAAAAUUCUGAGAUUGCAAUACUGGAGUCUAAUUUGAAGUCUAAAGAAGAGGAGAUUGGAGUACUUAGACAGUGUUGGAGCGAAUUAGAGGCUAAGGUCUCUAAUCUCCAAAUGGAAAAAAUCCAGCUAGAGGAACAAAUGGGAGACAUGCAGAGAGAAAGUGAUAUCACGUCUAAAUGCUUGGAUGAUUUGCGAAAUGAUUUAAUGGCACUCAGCCGCAGCUUGGAUUCCCACGUUUCUGCCAAUAAGAUUCUUGAAAGAAAAUCUUCAGAGCUAGAACAUGGAAAAUAUGAACUGGAGUUCCGCGUAUCAGAUCAUAAACAAGAAAAUGUACAGUUGUCAGCGCAGAUAUCUGGUUUGGAAGAUCAACUAAGAUAUUUGACAGAUGAGAGGGAGUCCAAUCAAUUGGAAUUAGAGAAUUCAAAAUCUCAUGCUCAAAGCCUCCAAGAUGAGAUCACUAGAAUAAUAAUUGAGAUAGAUUCUGAAAAGGUAGGUAUGAAAGAAAAGUUAGAGGACAUGCAACACCGGAGGUCAGAAGCUCAAGAAGAAUGUGAAGAUCUUAAAAGAGCCAAUGCAAAGUUAAAAGCUACAGCCGAGAGUCUCAUCGAAGAAUGCAAUGCUCUUCAGAAAUCAAAUGGAGAGUUGAGGAAGCAAAAAUUGGAGUUGAACAAGACUUGCUCGCUCUUGGAGGAAAAGUUAAGAGAAUCAGAGAGAAAUUUUGCAGAUUGCUCCAAAAGAUUUGAAAUCUUAGAAGAAAAUCUGUCUUCAAUGCAGGAAGAAAUUGCCUCAAAAGAGAAAAGCCUUACUUAA